UAAAUGCCCACUUCCCCGUCCCCCCCUUCCUAUUUCCGCCAGUUCAAAAUUAUUCUUCUCUCGUUCAUGUAGCAUCCGCUUACAAGACUCUUUGGGAUUUCCGUCCGUUCUCUUUAUUCUUCAAGGCUUCCGUUGCGUGGUGAGAGGCGCAAUUGAGCAAGAUGCUCUUGAGGAUAUUGCUGUUUCUGGGGUGCAUGGUGGUGGUCGCGCUGUGUGCUGAGGAUUUCUACAAGCUUCUGGGAAUCAACAAAGAUGCCUCCGAGCGCGAGAUCAAGAAAGCAUACCGUACCCUAAGCAAGAAGUUCCAUCCAGACAAGAACCCUGGAGACGACUCGGCCCACGACAAAUUCGUCGCCGUAGCUGAGGCAUACGACGUCCUCAUCGACGAGGAAACCCGCCGCAUAUAUGACCAAUACGGCCAUGAAGGCAUUGAGCAGCAUAAACGUGGUGGAGGUCGUCCCGCCCAACACCAUGACCCUUUCGACCUCUUCUCUCGCUUCUUUGGCGGCUCAGGGCAUUUUGGACAUGGCGGUGGUGAGCGGAGGGGGCCGAACAUGGAGGUCCGGGUGGCAAUUCCACUGAGGGAUUUCUACAAUGGGAGGCAAACGGAGUUUACUGUCGAAAAGCAGGCCAUUUGCUCUGCAUGUGAAGGCACAGGAUCGGAAGAUGGACAAGUCGACACAUGUGACUUAUGUGGUGGACGAGGAAUGCGGAUACAGAGACAACAGCUUGCACCAGGCCUGUUCCAACAGGUACAAUCCGUUUGUGACAAAUGCGGAGGCAAAGGCAAGACGAUCAAGCACCCAUGCCCCGUCUGCGGAGGAAGCAGAGUUGUCCGCGAGCCCGAAACCCACGAACUCCACAUCGAAAGGGGCAUGCCGAAAGGCAUCCGCAUCACCUACGAAAACGAGGCAGACGAAAGUCCCGACUGGGUGGCUGGCGAUCUCAUUGUUCACCUCGUAGAGACCGAUCCACAACUAGGACAUCUAGACCACGAACGCACUGAUGGCACAUUUUUCCGGCGCCGCGGCAAAGAUCUCCUCUGGCGCGAAGUCCUCUCUCUUCGAGAAGCCUGGAUGGGCGACUGGACACGCAACAUCACGCACCUCGACGGCCACAUCGUCCAGCUCUCCCGCAAACGCGGGGAAGUCGUUCAGCCCCACACCGUCGAAAUCGUCGAGAAUGAAGGGAUGCCGAUAUGGCAUCAGCACCUACCAGAAGGUGUGGACGAGGCGUUUGGCGCGCUGCACGUGGAGUAUGUGGUUGUGCUGCCGGAUCAGAUGGAUAAGAGUAUGGAGAAGGAGUUUUGGAGUGUUUGGGAGAAAUGGAGGAAAAAGAAGGGUAUCAGCCUAGAUAAGGAGAAUGGGAGGCCGGAAGGUCCGAUGCCUAGUAAGGCCCAUGAUGAGUUAUAGUUAUGACUUAUGCGUAUGGACUGUAAAUUAUUAAACCCUUUUCUUUAGCAAGGGUGGUGUGUCUAGUCACUCUGUACUUGCAGACGCGGCGAUGAGUUGUGGGAGUGAAUACCCAUUUUGUUGUGGGAGUCGCGGAGUUUUGGUAUGUAAUAGAUGGUGGACGAAAGAUGAAGGCGCAGGGGUCAUAAAAUUAGGCGUGGAGAGUGUAUGUGAGUUCCC